CAGCAUCAGCAGCAGCAACAGCAGCAGCAGCAGCAGUCAGCCCAUGCAGCUCGAUUCAGCUGAAGACCUGGUCGAAACACUAGAGGAGACAACAACAGCUGUCGAGCUACGUUCCACGUCUGCCGCCUUGACAGCGGCUGCUGCGGCAAAUGCUGCAAAUGUUGAUCAACUGCGAGCGUAUACAACGCUGCGCAGCAACUCCACAUCGGCCAUCAUAGCGGAGGCUGCCUGUCUGCCCAAUCUGUUGGGCAACAGCUCAAGCAUGCUCUUCUCCCGCCCCCGCACCCUCAAUGUGCACAAUAUCUGCCAGACGCCAGCGCAAAUAACGCAAUUGUUUUUUGGAGAAAUUCUGAAUGCCUGGAGAGCGAAGGCGCGCUGCAAUGUGGUGCCCGAUGAGCGGACACAGGAGCUCUUCCACGAGCUAAGCUUUCAUCCGAGCCAAAAGCAAAUCAGCGAAAUGCUGCAAACGGCCAAGAAGGUGGCCCGCAAGGGUCGGGGGCAGACGAACGGCUUGACAUUCGGACAAUUUUGUGUGCUGGCCGCGGAUCUGAAACGUUUUCGCGCCUCAAACUUAUCGAACGCAUCGAACUUCACUGAUGUUAGAUACCAACAACUCUCCAGCUCUCUACUGCAGCAGCAGGACGAUGCUGCCCAAGCAGCGAAUAGCUCCAAUAAAACGCAAACGUCUGGGCAAGCCGCAGCCAAUGCAGCGACAACAACAACAACAACUACAACACCUGCCUCUAAGCAUUACAACAAGAAAUCUGAGAAUUAUGCCACGGAGCUGCGCAGUACAAAAUCAUUUAGCAGCGUCGACGACACCAAGAAGAAGAAGAACGCCAGCAAUGAGCCAGUCGAAGUCUUCCUCGGCGGCUCCUGCAACCCAACCACAUGGCGAGCCGAUGUAGCUAUACCCGCACUAAAAGAGCUGGGCAUUUCAUUCUAUAAUCCUCAAGUAUCCGAUUGGACGCCCGAUCUCAUUGAAUUGGAGCAUCGAGCCAAGGAAAAGGCACGCGUAUUAUUCUUUGUUAUGGAUUCGGAAACACGCGCAUCUGCUGGUGCCAUCGAGGCGGCACACAUAGCGGGUCAAAACUGCAAGCAGCUGGUGUUGGUUUUGCAUCCCUAUAAACCAAAUCAGAAUAUCCUGCAUGAGCCUAUUUCGCAUCAAGAAUACCUCGAUUUAAGUCGCAAUCAAAUGAUACUUAAGGAGCUGGUCUCCCGUCGCGGUCUGCCAGUGUUGGAUAACAUACCGUCUGGCCUGCAGCGCACCAAGGAUAUCUUAUCUGGCAUCAGAGAUCCACCGUCCAAAAUAUCUUCUAUAUUAGAUACCGUACGCGGCGCCUUCGAUCGCGUCAAUCCCCAAAGCGAACUACUCACUGUGGAACAGUGUAAACGUGCUCUCUUAUUUUUAGGCUAUGCUCAGAGUUUAGUUAAUUUAGAUAAUCUGAAUAAGAUAAUAAUCAAUCAACGCGAAUCACUGAAACUAUUACAAACGCAAAGUACAAAGGCGGGCGAGCAGCAACUGGAAGAGGAGCCGCCUCAGAGAAGCUGCCAGGAGCUGAUCGAUUUCGAUCUGUUCUGUGUGAUCUCCGCUUACCUCUCAGUGCUGCAGCAGGAGAUACACGAGAGCGGCUGCAUUUCGCCCAUCAAGGGCACGAAUGUGCCGCCGCCGCAGGUCUACUUUACCAACGCUCCUGAUGUGGACAUCUAUUAUGCUGCCAGCAAGAAUAUAUCGCGCACGUCAAGCAAUGCCAGCGUCCCGUCGAAUAGCAGCAGCGGCAUUGGCCACGAUCUGGAGCGGCAGAGCCUGUUCGAGCAGCUGAGCCGCAGUCGGGAUAGCGGCACCUCGUCGCCGCAGCCGCUGGGCGGCGCGUCCAUAGGUAAAAAAUUGCAGCCACACAUAAUGCUGAAUGUGGAAUCGAUAGAGACAACUGAAAUAAUCACAACCAAAACGAUAGAAACCAAACCGUUUAUGGCUGUCAGCAACACCAACAACAACAGCAACAACGCCAACAGCAGCUGCAGCAGCAGCAGCCAUCAGCCCGCCCCGGAGGAAGAGGAAAGCGAUUCCAAUGACUCGGUCUUCUCCAGCAGCAGCUCGAUAGCCAGCGCUGGCGAUGCCCUCUGCUGCUCUGGCCUGGAUCUGCGCGAUGUCUAUUUGGGCGGCAGCUGUGUGCUGCGCACCAAGUGGCGCCAGCAGCUGGCCGCUCCCUAUCUGCAGUCCAAGAACGUUAGCUUCCAUACGCCCGCGCUGCACGAGAGCAUUCAGCAACUGGCCACGCAGCAGCCAGAGCAAACGACGUCGACAACGCCGCAAGUGGCUGCCGCCCAGGAUCAGCAACAGCAGCAGCAGCACUCCUUUGUGCGCACGCGACGAAAGUGUCGUGGCAACCAGCUGCAGCUGGAGGAACAGGAGGAGCUAACCGUGGCCGAGGAAUCACUGAGCUGGUCGCUGCCGCCCAUGGCAAUGCGCCAGAGUCUCUACAAUCCCGCUCUCUUGGACUCCAGUCGUGUGCUGCUCUUUGUCAUCACCAACGAGACGCGAUCGCUGGCGCCCAUGACUCUGGCUGCCCACUGCAUUGGACUCAUGUACAACGUGGUGCUCGCCGUGCAAAUGUUGCCCGAGGACUGUGUGUUGGGCGGUGAAAAGUUAACUGUGGCCGCCAUCAAGGACUACAAUCGCGGUCGCUCGUAUCUAAUUGAUCUGGCCAAGCGGCAGGGUGUGCCCGUGUUCAAUGACAUCCAAGCGGCGCUUGAGUGCACCGUGGCCAAGGUGCGCGCGUAUAAUAACAGAGAGCGCAGCUAAAAAGAAGAACAUAAAGAAAUGGAAAAAUCAAUCGUACCUGUGUUUCAGUUCUGCAGCACGUGACAAAUCUAAGCUAAAUUUUUAAUACUU